AGAUCAGAAUUUAAACCGAUCCUUGUUUCAAGGAAGUAAAAAUUUUCAGUCAUUGUUGCUGAGAGUGGAAAAUGGCGCAGAAAGGAUUUCAGCUUGACGAAGACAAAUAUUCCUGUUCAAUCUGUUUGGAUCUGCUGAAGGAUCCAGUGACUAUUCCCUGUGGACACAGCUACUGUAUGAUCUGUAUCAAAACCCACUGGGAUGAAGAGGAGCGCAAGAAAAUUUACAGCUGCCCUCAGUGCAGAGAGAGCUUUAAAAAGAGACCUGUCUUGAAGAAAAGCACAAUCUUAGCAGCUUUAGUGGAGGAUCUAAAGAAGACAGGACUCCAAACUGAUCUGGCUGAUCAUCACUUCGCUGGACCAGGAGAUGUGCCUUGUGAUGUUUGCACCGGGAUCAAGCUGAAAGCUGUUAAGUUUUGUUUAUCUUGUCCAGCUUCCUACUGUGAGAAUCAUCUGCAACCUCACUAUGAUGCUCCACCAUUACAGAAGCAUAAGUUAGUGGACCCCUCUAUGAAGCUUGAGGAGAGCAGCUGCUCUCAUGAUCAGGACUGUAUGUGUUGUCUCUGCAUAUCCAAUGAACAUAAAGGCCAUAAAAACAAUCCAUCUGCGGUAGAAAUUACUGUGAAGCAGAAGAAACUCCAGGUGAGUCUACAGCAAAUCCAGCAGAGAAUCCACGAGAGGGAGAAAGAUAUGAAGCUGCUUCAUCAGGAGGUGGAAGCCAUUAACUUUUCUGCUGAUAAAGCAGUGGAGGACAGUGAGAAGAUCUUCACUGAGUUGAUCAAUCUCACCUGGAAAAGAAGCUGUGACGUGCAGCAGCAGAUCAGAUUCCAACAGCAAACAGAAGUGAGGCGGGUCAAAGAGCUUGAGGAGAAGCUGGAGCAGGAGAUCGCCGAGCUAAAGAGGAAAGAUGCUGAGCUCAAGCAGCUUUCAAGCACAGAUGACAACUGGUUUCUCCACAAUUACCCAUCACCCUCAGUGUUUAGUGAAUCCACACACUCAUCCAUCAACGUCCGUCCUUUGAGAUACUUUAAGGAUGUGACAGCAGCCGUGUCAGAGCUCAGAGAUAAACUACAGAACAUCCUGAGAGACACAUGGACAAACAUCUCUCAGGUAGUCACUGAAGUUGAUGUUUUACUUUCGGAUCCAGAACCAAAGACCAGAGCUGAAUUCUUAAAAUAUGCACAAGAAAUCACCCUGGAUCUACACACUGCAAACAGACAUUUGAUUUUAUCCGAGGGAAACAGAAAAGCAACAGUAAUGAAGCAAGAACAGUCUUAUUCAUAUCAUCCAGACCGUUUCUCUGCCUGGGUCCAGGUCCUGAGCAGAGAGAGCCUGACUGGACGUUGUUACUGGGAGGUGGAGUGGAGGGGGAAACGAAUUGACAUAGCAGCCGCAUACAAACAAAUUGGCAGACUAGGGAACUUAGAUGACUGUGAGUUUCGUUCCAACAAUAAAUCUUGGUCUUUGUAUUGUGACAGAAAUGGUUACAUGUUUUGGCACAACAAAAUCAAAACUCCAGUUUCAGGUCCUGUUUCUUCCAGAGUAGGAGUUUACCUCGAUCAUAGAGCAGGUACUCUCUCUUUCUACAGUGUCUCUAAAACAAUGACUCUUCUCCACAGAGUCCAGAACGCAUUCACUAAUCCGCUGCAUGCUGGAGUUGGAUUCUAUAAGGACGCAAACUUUGCUAUGCUGAUGAAACUCAAAUAGUCAAAACCGAUUUGAGCUCAUAGUUCUGUUACUUCUUUACUGUGCUGAGAUUACUUUCUUUUUUUUAUAUAAAAGACUCAGUCUUUAUUUCUGUUGUUUUGUUGUUAUUGGAGGUUGUUCAGGUGUUGCCAUCUACUCUUUCUGCCCAAACACGGAGGCCAUUAUUGCUAAGGAGGAUUUAUAUUUCCAAACGACAGCCGGGGUUUAACUUUUACACAUUGUGGAAUAAUUUAAGUCUAGCCAAUAAAAUGGUAAAAAAAAUGAUGACAUUUAAAGCACAGGAGUCCUGGUGGUAUUCUAAGUUGAAGUAUGAUGCCUGGCUGAAUCAUAUCCUUUUACGUAGCAACCAUAAAUCAAUGUCAUGCCCCACAUGUUCUUGCGUCAUUUGUCACCUAAAAAUAUUCUGAUUCAUGUUUAACUUGCCUUUACGAGGCAGAAAUGUGCUAAACAUUGUACAUAACUGUUUCCCUCUUACUUCAGAUAUAUGAGAGGUAGGUUUAUAUGUGUGCGUGUGUGUUGUAGGG